GGCCGGCGCCGCCCCCGCGGCCGCCGCUUCCCGUCGCGCCAUGGCGGGGCUGGGGCGGGCUCUGCGGCUGCGGGCGCUGCUGCCGCAGCCGGGCCCGCCGCCGUGUGCGGGGCCGCGGCGGGCGCUGCGCGGCGCCGCGGCGGUCCCGCGGGCGCGGGCGGACCGGUUCGGGGGGGUGAGAGUGGACCUGGCGGAGCUGCGCGGCCGCCGCGGGCCGGGCCCGGCCGCCUUCGGGCGCUGGCUGCAGGAUUCGGUUAAGCAGUGGCGAGAGGAGGGCAGGAUAGCUGUCUGGCUGCACAUUCCCAUCCUCCAAAGCAGACUUAUAGCUACGGCUGCUUCGCAAGGCUUUACUUUUCACCAUGCCGAGUCAGACUCCUCCACGCUGACGCUGUGGCUAGGAGAAGGGCCCAGCCGGUUACCAGGGUAUGCCACGCAUCAAAUAGGAGUUGCAGGUGCUGUUUUAGAUGAAAGCACUGGAAAGGUGUUGGUCAUACAAGACAGAAAUAGGAAUGUAAAUGCAUGGAAAUUUCCAGGAGGCCUUUCUAAUCCAGGCGAAGACAUUGGAGACACAGCAGUUCGAGAGGUUUUUGAAGAGACUGGCAUCAAGUCCAAGUUCAAGUCCAUCCUAAGCAUAAGACAGCAACACAGACACCCCGGAGCCUUUGGGAAGUCAGAUAUGUACAUCAUCUGUCGCCUGGAGCCUUCCUCCUUCACCAUCAGCUUCUGCCAGCAGGAAUGCCUGAGGUGCGAAUGGAUGGACCUCGAUGAGCUUGCCAGGACAAAACACACUACUCCCAUCACCAGCAACGUAGCUAGGCUGUUACUUUAUGGAUACCGAGAAGGUUUUAAUAAGAUUGAUAUAACCAUGAGAGAGUUUCCAGCUGUUUACACAGGCCUGUUCUACAAACUAUACCACAGGGAGCUGCCCGAGUCCUAUAGAAAUAUUACAGGAUAGGAACAAAUUUCACAUUUUAUUAAAUUAAUAAUUUAGAAUGUUUACUGUCGAGUAAUUUGGACCAUGUUAAAAUUAUUCAUGGACUACUUUUAGGAUGAAAGUCAAUAGUCACUCUAUUUUCUAAUAAGCAAUAGAUAAAUUAUUUUAAAUGGUAAAUAUUCCUCUAAGUGUGCAUCAGAUUAGUUUUCCUUUACUCUGUAAAGCAAAUGUAAAGUAAAUAAAACAGCUCUAUCUAGA